AUGAUGCGCCGCCUACUCGUCCCCUUGGUGCUAACCAUGCUCCUCUACGCCCUAACAGUCGCCGCCGUAGCCCCAGCCUCUGCGCUCGUCAUCGCGCUCGAGAGCCCUGACGACUACAUCAACAACGCGGCCCCCCUCCUCUUCACAGCCCCCACACGCAACCCCCCAAACGAAGCCCUCAUCGCCAUCGCCAACACGCCCACGCAAACCCUCACGAAAACCGCCCAAAUCAGGCAAACAUGGCUUCCGAGCGCCCCUAAAAACCCAAUCUUAAUUUUCCCCUUUCACCUCACCCUCACGCGGUCCUGCUCCGACAACGACGACGAAAACAGCAUCUCAGCACUCGUCCGCAACGGCGACUUCACCACCUCGGUCGUGCAUCUCAGCGCGGACACGAGCGCCAUGGUCGAGCACAGGAUACCCGGGUAUCCGUCAGCGUUUCGGGUUGGGCCGUUUGAUGCUGAGAAGGGGGGCGUGAGGUUUUUGUGGGAGAAUGCCGAGGGUGGGUGGAUCAAGGAAAUGGAUUGCUCAUUCAUACUCGGGUGGAAAAGCCAGUUUCGCGGCAAGGCUGUUGCUACUGCUGCUGCUGAUACCGGGGAGGCGGAUUAGGAACGAGGGUGGUGAGAUGCAGAGUGCGGAAAGGAAAGAAAGGAAAGGAAGGAAAGGAAGGAAAGGCGUGGUAGAGCUGGGUAGUCGGUGUGCGUGUGUCGCACAUGGCAAGAUGGACAUGGCUAUUGUCUUUGCCGCAAAGACUGAACUGAACGAUUGACUAUGCUGCUAUGGAAUGCGAUGAGCGGAGAAGAUG